AUGAUUCGCCAGAGGCUGAUUGAGCUCUCUUCUCGAUGGAAAGAGUUGGUAUUAGAUGGAUCGUGUUCGUACUCGCCAAACGAGGAGGAAUUGAGGAAACAUAAGCAGGAUUUGGAGGACUUUGAGGUCCAGCAGACACUCAUGUUCUGGUUAAUGGCUAAUAUGAACACCAACUCUGCUGGAUGGGUUCCGAAUGGGAUUGGGAGAGUGCGCCGGAUGCUAACCGUGCUGCAUAUCUUAUGUGGAUUGAAACUGCUGGCGUGCCGGAAGCUGAGGGGAAACUAA